AUGCUGUCACAAGGGCGGAGUGUAGCCGUUUGUGCCUUCAUUGGCCUUCUCAUUCUUUGCCUUCCUAUUCUUUUUUCCAACAACCAACUCCAGGGGAAGCAAAGAGCAAACCCACGCGAUAUUUUCCAACGCGAUCUAUCCAGCAGAGAGCAGCUUGAUGAUCCGGCCAUCGAGGUGGUCAAUGGUACAGGCCAAGAUGGCUCCAACCUUCAGCCAGCAACACACUGGUCUAUCUUUUCUUCUUCUCAUUCAACUUCCAACCCUCACGCAUUAGAACGACGCGCCGAUGGUCCCCUCUAUUGUACCAAUGGCCCCUGUAUUGAUGGCAGCUGUUGCGGCAAAAAUGGUAUUUGCGGCUACGGCCCGGAUUUCUGCGGCGACGGAUGUACGUCUCAAUGCAAUGCUACAGCCAUGUGCGGACAGUACAGCGAAAAUGGUGAAAUGCCUUGUGGUAUGAAGCUAUGCUGCUCAGCAACAGGGUGGUGUGGUACUACAGAGGUUUACUGCGGAAAUGCGGAUCCUCUUCAUGGUACCUUGCCCUGCCAAGCUGGAUAUGGCUCCUGUGCUAUCACAGGUCCUCCUUCAUGUGCCUCCGGAAGCGGAUCCAGUUCGAAACGUAAAAUUGGAUACUAUCAGUCUUGGAACCAAAGAGACCGAAAAUGCAACAAGGUCGCACCUAGCCAGCUUAACACGAAAGGCUAUACUCAUUUGUUCUUCUCGUUUGCGUCCAUAGACCCUCAGUCAUUCCGCAUCACACCUGCGCAUCCAGAUGACGUCCAGGGCAUGAAGGACUUCACAGCACUUUCCAAGGGCGGCAACCUUCAGACGUGGAUUGCUGUAGGUGGAUUUGACUUUAGUAACCCAGAAGCUGCCACUCACACUACAUGGAGUGACAUGGUCUCAACCAAGGCCAACAGAGCAGCGUUCAUCAGCUCCGUCAAGGAGUAUAUGGAUACAUAUGGGUUUCAAGGAGUCGACCUCGAUUGGGAAUACCCAGGAGCGCCAGAGAGAGGAGGCAAGAAACUCGCCGAUACGAGGAAUUUGUCUCUCUUGGUUAAAGAAAUGCGCGCAGCGUACGGAACUGCUUAUGGUAUUAGUUUGACUCUUGCUCCUGAUUACUGGUACUUGAGGUGGUUUGAUGCCAAGGCAAUGGAGCGGAACGUUGACUUUUUUGGAUUCAUGGCUUACGAUCUUCACGGCUCCUGGGAUGCGGACGUCAAGACUCUUGGUAGCCUUGUGCGUGGCCAGGCCGAUAUCCGCGAAAUCUCCAAGAACACUUUGCCGCUGUGGUUCGAUGGACUUGACCCAGCCAAACUCAAUUUUGGUCUCGCCAUGUACGGCAGAGGUUACACAUUGGCCGACCCCUCUUGCAACCAGCUCCUAUGUCCGUUCUCAGGUCCCAGCAAGCCAGCGCCAUGCACUUCGUUCGGUGGCGUGAUGUCGCUCGUAGAGAUCAAGAACCUUAUCAAGGAAAAGGGGCUGUCACCACAAUAUCUUGAGGAGUCAAUGAUGAAGCAAAUCACAUGGGAUGAUCAGUGGAUCGGUUACGACGACGAAGAAACCUUCGCAGCCAAGUUGGCAUAUGCUGAUAGUUUGUGCUUCGGCGGCAGCAUGGUUUGGAGCAUCGAUUUCCAAGAGAUUGGGUCAGGCGGUCCCGAUGGUGAAGAACAGGACUACGGAGAAGUUGUCUAUGUCGGCACCGAGGUGUACCAACAGCCCACAGCGCAGUGCUCGCCCCCUUGCGUGAUGGUCUUCCCGCCUAGCACUUUGGACUCACCUACAGCCGUCACACUGCCACCGUAUACAGCGACGCUCGAGGUCGGCACCACGACCACCACCAUCGUGGCUGUACCUACAGCCCAAACGGUAACCGUCACGGUCAUCGACUUCUUCAAUUACUACAUCACCACUUCACAGCAGCCUGGAGAACCUAUUACGUUGCGACCGAGCUUUGAGGCACCGCCGGCUACUGUUGUUGUCACCGGUCAAAAUGGCGAACCUACGUCGAGGACUGUCCUUCCGCCACCCCUUGGAGGCCCAUCAUCGCAAACUCCUGGCGGUACUAACCCUGGUGAUAACCCUGGUGGUGAUGGUGGUGACGAAAUCCCGUUUCCGUUCGAGCCUACGCCCGACCCGAUAGAUGAUGAUAUGGAACCUGUCGAUGUCAGCGAUAUCACCACAGUACCGGCUGACCCUGACAGUACUGAUACAGCGGUGCCGUUCCCCUGGCCGACGGGUGCUGUCAAACCUGUGACGAACCCGGAUGACCCCGUUGAGGAAGGGUCAUCAAGAGUUUCGUGCAAAUCAUGGUUCUUCUUCAUCUGUAUCGCUUGGAUCGACCUGAAUAUCAAUGUCCAAUCCUGGGACAUAAAGUUACCCCCUGGCACAAUUGGGCCUGGACCACCACCAGUUGAGCUUCUUAACCUCCCGUCCGGCUGGCGCGUUGGAUGCUGUUUGCCCCCCUGGCCCAAGAUGACCAUUCUGCCCAAUGGUCAGAUAGCUAGCACACCCCCGGAGCCGGAAGCAUGUGAGCCAACUACAGCCACCCUUACCAUCGAAUCGACCUCAUAUGGAACGACCACCACUCAGGGCACGGUUAGGACUACAUCAACCAAGACGCUCUCGCGUGAGUUCCCCAUAGUGGGUUGCGUCGAGGAUAACACGAUAGCUACGACUGUGACAGCGUGCGAUCGACCAACAGCCCGAGCGGUUGCUCCGGCCGCCGGUGUCCCGGCCAAGGCCACUGGAGUUUCCGCAGCAUCGGAUUUGCUAGUUGGCGGAGCCGCGGAAGGCAGGGAUUUGACCCCGCGGGCUGGCUGUGACCCUCCAGUCCUGGUUGACGCAGUUAUUUUUCUGGAAAAUCCCACCUCUUCCGCCAAUCCUCUUCGCAGAAAAUUGACGACAGACAGCGCGUCCAGUGCACCGGGUGGCCCUAAGCUUGCGAGUUUCAAGGUUAUCGAAGCCCCUUCUGCGGGCGUCGUCGCCUUCUUCUAUCUUGAAAAGGUUCAGAAGAAUUACCUGGAAGAGAGCGGAGGACUUAAGCUUAGAAACUUUUUCCUUAUUGGGUCGAUAGUCAUUAUCACCCCGACAACACCGCCGUCGAGCUGGACACCCAGUAGAUCCGCCGACCAGGAGUCCAUUGAUCAAGGCCCUUCCAACGAAACCGCAUUGUUGCCGAGCGAACAUGGGCUCUGGAAGAGAACCGAGGAUUUUCUCAAAGGUUGGGCACCGUCACAGAUAAGUGUGCCGCCCAGAAAAAUCUGGCUCAAGACAGAAAAUUAUGAUAAGAUUGAUAAGACUUAUCGAUAUCAGAGAGAUUCAUCUGAAUGUGAAGGUCAAUUCGUAUACGUCAUCGAGGAUGGCAUAGACGACAACCAUCCAACUUUGGCUCUAAUCAAUGGGGCUAACCGCAUCGAGAAGCUUGAUGGUCAGGUCUACGGCAACUGGCGCCCAUAUACCAGAGAAACCAUGCUCCACGGGACCAAGGUUGCUUCCAUGAUAGCUGGAGACCAAAAUGGCGUCUGCCCUCAAGGCAAGGUCACCAUCGUCAAGAUGGUAGUCGCCGGGGGUACUCAAAACCGAUGGGACGAAAAGAAAAACAAAUGGGCAGCCAUGUUUCAAAAAUUAGAAUCGCUCGCCCUCGCUGUCGAGGAUAUCAGCGGCAAGAAACGCGGUAACAAAUCCGUUGUAAACAUGUCGUGGAAUGUAUCUCCUAUGCCCGAGGCUGAGGAAUACGAAGAUGUUAUGCGCGCUUUACUUCAGGCGCUGGAUAAACUCAACGUUGUGCUUGUGGCCGCCUCUGGAAACCAACCAAAUACCGACAUCACCGUACAACCGCAGAUGUUUGCGAAUGGCCUACCACAAAAGUUCGUCAAUGACGGCGUCCCAAAUCUCAUCAACGUCGGAGCGUCCGAUAUCAACGGUCGAGCGGGUCUUUUUACGCGGCAGGGUGCUGGGCUUACUGUCUGGGCCCCAGGUCACCUAGUCCAUGCUGCCAAGGCUGAUUACUCGAAUGGUGAACUGGAGACCGCGGCGGGGACUUCAUAUGCUGCACCCAUGGUUGCCGGUCUGGUUGCUUACUAUCGAGCCCUUCCCGGGUAUGGCGAUGGCCUCGACGAUCCGCAGGUCGUGAAGUUACUCGUCCGAAAGAUGAGACGUGGCAUCCAGGCGGGCGUGAAAAAGCAGGACAAAGGCGCCUAUAUAGACAAGAACGGCCGCAAAUUCGGCGCGCUUGUGCCACCGAUCUGGAACGGUCAGCUCAGUAAGGAUGUGUCUUGUCUGCGCCAGCCGAACGCCCCGGGUUGCCCCAGUAUCGACCUGGGUAACCCAACCCCUGUCGGCGAUCUUUGCACGGGCGCCUUCACCAAGAGAGAUGUGAUCGAAGGCCCUCAGGAAACGAACGAGACGCUCAUUAUUCGACAAGAAGACAGCUGUCCCUUUGAACCCGGUGAUGGCUCUGGCAGCGGCCAAGGUCCCACGAAAACGAUCACCUACAACAGUGGCGCUCCGUCACCUACAUGCACAUCAGGAACACGUCAGCGCCUGGGCGUUGGGGCUUUAUUUAUCCCUCUAAAGUUCCUGUUUGGUGUCACUCUCUUCUCAUCGUUUUCUGAUUCCGCCCCCUCCGAGGAGAAAGUUACUAACUCGGGAUACUCUAGUUGUGGCAAGCUCUGUACAGACUUUUGGUGCCGGCCGGGACAGACAGGCCAGCCACCGUUCUUCACCGACCCAGCCAACCAAUCGUCCGGGUUACCAAACCUGCCAACACUGCCCCCAACUGGGGUCACCAGCUGUCCUGCCGGCUCGGCUGCGACGUCGGCUGUUCAAUGCGCCGGAAACAAUGGACACUCGGCUUGUAUCACAAGACAAGUGUGCACCGAGAUCCCCCAGACAACGGCAAAGCCAACGCCGACAAGCACCCCCAAAGAUCCUGGCAUGACCUGCUACCGGGACAACAAUGCAAGCGGCAAGUGGCAGCCGUUCAAGUCGACCGAUGCCAAUGCUCUGUAUUUCCCAACCUGUAACUCGGGCUUGAAGCUCACCACAAACGGCCAGGGCUUCAUCGGUAACAAGAAUGGUCUUCGUAUGUCCUUCAAAUGGGCCGAUGACCAAACUGGAUGCAAGGGUAAGAAGGACUUUGACCUUUAUCAGCCUUGUCACACGGGCUUUUCGUCCAUCGGCGGUCAAUGCGAUGUGGGUCACGGCGAAGACAACAACUACGGAGGCACGUACAGAAUGCAGACCGAUUAUGGCUGUGUCCAGGUCUCCAUGGGCAAGUCCGAUCUAGGUUGA